AUGAGGUCAGGCCCUCCACUAGGAAGCCAUGUUUGGAUUUUAAUAGCCAUGUUGCAGCUAGCCAUUGAGUUUAUUAUUUGUGAAGCUGGAUCCCCAAAAGGUACAUACAAAUAUCUGCAGAGAUCUUCACUACAUCGUGGGAUACAUCAUACUACAUUGUUGAGUUUAAAAGGAGGACAGAAGUUGAAAAAUUUAAGUAAACUUUUUAAUCAGUUUACAAUAUAUGAACAUCUUGACUUUCAAGCAAAACCACAGCAUUUAAGAACAUACUAUAAGAACCAUUUGGACAAUAUUUUUUCUAGAAAUAUACAACUAAAACAUUUGACCAGAAUAAAGUCAAAUCCUUCCAUACAAGGAAUAACAAACACACUUAGAAAUACUCACCUGAAACGUGGUAAGAGACAGGUCCAAAGAACACACUGGGAUAGUUUGAAAUCGUAUUUGGGUAGUGAAAGUCAGCCAACAACAAUUUCUGAAUUCAUUUUAUGGGGGCCAACAGGGGAUGAUGAGUUGGUUGAGUCCAGCACAUUGCCUGGUAUUUUGGAGACCACAAGAACCUCAACUGCACAAACAAGAACAACUUUGUUGGAAACAACUACAACUACUACAACUUCCACAACAUCAGUUCGAGGUAUAACAUCGUCACAAAACCCAGGAAAUCAUAAACGUAAGAAAAACGCCAGUAGAAUCAGCACAACUGAACCUUCUCUUGGAAAUGGAAAAGCUGCAAGACCGCCAAGGAUACCCAAUGAAACAUCAGGUCUAGCGGUACACCAGAUUAUUACCAUCACUGUUUCCCUAAUCAUGGUCAUUGCAGCAUUGAUAACAACACUCGUCCUGAAAAAUUGCUGUGCACAAAGUGGAAAUGCCAGGCGUAACAGCCACCAGCGAAAGAUAAAUCAGCAAGAGGAAAGCUGCCAAAAUUUGACAGACUUCACACCAGCUCGAGUACCAAGUAACAUGGAUAUUUUUACUGCAUACAAUGAAACAUUGCAAUGCUCACAUGAGUGUGUAAGGACACCUGUGCCCGUGUAUACGGAUGAGGCAUUGCACCAAACAGGAGCUUAUAAGACUACGUUCAAUGGCAAUAGACCUACUUCUUCUGAUCGACACCUAAUUCCUGUGGCCUUUGUGUCUGAGAAAUGGUUUGAAAUCUCCUGCUGACUGGCUGAAGUUUGUUUUUCUUCCUGAUGGCAGGGCAGAUGCCAUGUUUCUAAUUCCUGGAUUCCAUUAGUAAACCUGUAGAAAUGACAGGUCUCUACUAUUUUUGUUUACCUUUGGAACUAACAGAACAGACUCUAUUGGACAGAUAUAUUUUUAUAUAUAAAAAAAAACUAC